AUGGCUCUUAGCUGUAGUUAUGGAUUGAGGUUUAGAGGGAAUGGUAGAAUAUGCUCGAAGGGCAGAGCAGAUGGUGGAGUAGAUGAUGGGGACAUAGCAUUUAAGUUCUCUGAAGAAAACCCAAAUGAAGGAGUUGUUGAAGCUGCAAGUGGAGAAAUUGGGCCAGACAUCUCAAGUGGAGACUCAAAUGAAUGGGCUACUGAAGGAGCAAUUGGAAGAGUCCCAAGAACAAUGUCAUGUUCUGAGGAUGAAAGCUUCAGUAUGGGCUUUGGGGAAAACCAUACUGGAGUAUCAAUGGCAAAGAUGGCAGAUGGGCUAGUAAUAGGUGAAGCUAGAGUAGAAGCAAUAACAGAAACACUUUCCUUCAGUGGUGCCAAGGUAGAUAGAGGUUGGGAAGAUGUCAUUGAGUUCCUGGGUGAGGAGGCUUCCCAAUCUGAAAAAGAACAGAGAUCACCAUCGACUAAGUAG